GGUCUGUCCUGGUGGGCGGGCUGCGACACAGGUCCCAUGCAGCCCGCCCAUUUCACAUUCUGAGGCGGCUAGCAAGCAGGCUGGGGUUGUUGGUUCGCACCUCAAUUCCUUCCUCAAUCAUGGACUCAUAAACAAUCGAGCCUGGAACUUAGGGCGCGUUCGUCUUCAAAGCCGCCGCAACAGCCCCCGUCCGCGCGACGACGAACCGCUACAAUGACAGCCGAGAACACAGUUGCGCAUCUGCUGGCCUUGGACGACGCUGCGCUUGUCGAGUGGAUGAAGAACCACUGGGAUGAGCAGCGGGCGCUCAAUGUCACAGAUAUUGCCAGGGAGCCCCAGCCUCUUGACUUUGGGCAGCUCACGGCGAAGCUCAACGCCCUGAGUCACCCAGAGGCGGCAACGCCCUCGCCGGAACGCGUGCCACCGUGGGGUCCGGGGGAGCGGCCACGGACAAUCUCGCCCGGGGAGACCCCAGCCAAGGACCAUCAGAUCUAUUGCUACAACCGGCUCGUUGCCGAGGGCGGCCGGCCGCCCUUCCCGCUCGAAAUAUUGGACGAGGUGGACGAAAGGCCCAGAGACUUUAUCGAAACGGUGAGACCGUGGGCGGGGGACAACUUCAUCGCAAUUUGGUCUAUGCAUGAUCUGGCCGUGUUUGAGCGCCCUAUGCAGCGCUGGAGGGAGUUCCGGAGGUGGCAGCGCGACAACCGCAACAUUCAGGCAAUGAAGGAACGUGACGAAGGUUGGGAGAGGGUAUGGAAAGACAAGCAGCUCGCCCGCCGCCAGGAGCGGGAGACCCACAGAGAGGUCCCCGGCGGCACCUUCGAAGAGUACCUCGAGGCCGCCCGCCGCCGCCUGCGCGAGAACGGCUUAGACGAGGACCUGCAGCUGCUCGAGGACGCCAAGCAGCAAAGCGAGCGGGUGACGUGGAUGGAGUACCUCGUGUUCGAGUACUGGUGGCUUGAAAGGCGGACUCUGUGGGUCGACUACUGGGAGAAAAGGUGCCCCUUUAUAUGGGAGAAGAUUACCAGCCUGGGGCUUCUGAAGGAUGGCGAGACGCGAGAAGACGUGCUGAGAUUGUCGAGGAAAGACAUGGACGAGCCUGGCUCUCCCCAGACCACCAAGCGCAGAAAUGGCAUCAGCCGUUUCCUCCAUGCUGUGGACGAAGGUCGCGGCGCCGAUGUAUGGAAAUCCAGCCAGCAACGCCCCGUGGAGUGGGCUUUGAGCCAACUGCCAGAGAUAGAGGCCGAGGCGGCUCUCAAGAAGAAGACCAGGGGUGGUGCCAAAAGGCGAGGCCGCCAGCCGGUGGCGAAGAAGCGGAAGCGCGGCGAGGACGAGGGCGAGGGCGCCAGGAGGCGGGAGCCGCGCCCGCGGCCACGGAAAAAGCGGAUGGUCGCGGAACUCGAGUCGUCGACUCCCCCGCAAAACACGCGGGCGUCCAACAGGGACGGACUCGGGCGCAGCGCUCGGAUCAAGGGGCUCGGGAAGGGGACACAAGGCAGGGGCAGGUUACGAUAG